AUGGGUGUGCGCGGGCUGACGCGCUACUGCCGCCAGAACGAGGCCUCGACGUCUGUGGAGGAUCUGGACUUGCACGAUGUGACUCUGGCCGUGGACUUUGUGGGAUUCCUCUACUACUUGUGUGAGGAGCUCUUCAACGAGAGCAACGCGUCGCCCUCAUGGUUAUUACUGGGUGGCUGCACGCUGCGGCUCGAACGGUACGUGGACACGUGGCUUAAGCGCCUGAGAGAGCGCAAGGUCCGUCUCGUGUUCAUUACAGACCCGCCGCAAUGUUUCGGGGGCGAGAGUCACCGCAAAGGCUACUGUCUACAGGACCGCGCAAUGCAGAAGGCCCAGCAGAUUGAACAGCUGGCUCAGAGCCUAGAGAAGAACAGUAUCAUUAGCUCUACCCACGAGUCUGCCAGUACUACGAGUAGUGCUGGAUUAGAGGCACAGAGUCCCCAGCAGAAGGGGAAAGUGGCCAGGACGCUGUUACAGACAAACGGGCGGUUCCCGUUCGCUCGAGAGAAACUGCGUGGCGUGCUGAAGAAGCAUGGGAUCGGAAUUAAGACUGCAAGUCGAGAGGCCGAUGAAGAACUGGGCACUUUGGUGAGGACAGGGAAAGCCUUCGCAGUGUUGGCGGAAGAUUCCGACUUUUUAGUCAUGAGUGGGGUGAGGUAUAUUCCGUUUAAGAGCCUGGGCUUCUACCAGUGUGGUCAGAAUUUAGAGCAGAUGAGGAUCCGAGCGAGAGUUUUCUCGUCCGAAAUGGUGGCGGACUCGCUCGGACUUGAGGUGGAGCAGCUCGUGGACUUGGCGCUACUGUGUGGUAACGAUUUUACGUCGUUAUUGGACAAUGAAUACGAGAUGGCUACACUGCUGGACUUCCCAGUGCAGAGAAUGCAGGGAUCUCUCUACCCAACCGAUGCAGCGAGGUAUGUUGCCGGGCGCAUGUCAAUACUGGAGAAUCCCUUCUUGGUCGAGGUUGAGACGAAGAAGAAGGGGUUUUUGAGAGCACUGUUUGAGAUCUACCGCUUCUACGGACACACGGCUGCGUUUCUGAAGAAAUUUCCCAUGGCAGUCGAGUCCAUUCUACCGGCGAAGAAGCUGAAGCAGUACAAACUACUGAUCGAUCACUACGAUUUUCCUCCCAUGGCGAUCGAUAUCCUGGAGACGAAAGCUCGUGGACUCAGCCAAAGAUUCGAUGCGUUGGCGGCGAUACCUGGUCUUGAAGACAAGUCGCUCGAUGAAUUCCAAGCACCAGCGCGGCGUUUGUCGUAUUUGGUGCUGGACACGCCGGCGGUUGAGGAAGGAACUUUCAAUAGUUGUGUGGUGGUUCACGUUGCACCCUUGGAAUUCCUACGUCCGCUCAUAUCUGUCCCAAUUCAAGGACGCGGUACCAAUGUGGUAGAGCGAGUGUUUCGUUCUUUGAUGUUUGUUCUACUCUAUGAAGCCCCCGACGGAAAAACUUUGCGAGCAGGGCAGUUAGCUGGUUUGCUGGGUGGCAAGGACAAAAAGGGAGUCGCAGUGAGGGUCAUUGUGUACUCUUUGCUCGUCUUGUGGAAACAGGACCGCACAUACCUGACGAAUGCGAGCUUGCUGGAUGAUCGUUUACUGGAGCUGCUAUUGCUGACGUCUUUAAUUUCGUUUGCUGUGGACUCUUCCAAGCGAAAACCAGGAGAUCGAGACCCUGUGUUGUUUGACGAGCAACUGCUGAAGAUGGAAAUCUACGCUGUCGUGGGUGGAUAUCUGGAGAUACUAAAGCAGCUUCACCAGUUGCGCCUUCUCUUGGGAAGCAAAUCGCCACAAAACUCGGGAUGUUUAACGUAUUUCUCGGGAGAAGUAUUUGUGAAGGUGUGUCACAUUUUGAUGCGAAAUGGUAGCAGCGCGAAGGUAAAGUCGCCCAAGAGUGCCGCGAAAUUAUCUCGAAGGGAAGUGGAACCAGUGAUAAAAGCGUUUGCCGAAAUCUCCGACAAGAAUCUGUUUUGGUCUCACUACACGUACGUUCGUGCUACGACGCUGCGCAUGAAAGAACUCAUCGUACUUCCAGUCGCUGUGGCGCGUGCUAGCGUGAAGAACAAGAGCGCCGCGACAACAGCGUUAGAGACCGCCAUGCAAAGCUACGGAUACACUCGUGCAGAUGGGCAUGAGCUCCAGCCAGCCACUGCUACGCCACCGUUGCCACUUUGCUCGCCACCGCAUAUCCAACGACCGGCGCCAGCCUUUAGCCCUUCUCCAGUUGCAGUUAACGCGAGACCUCCCCCGCUUGAUGCUUCAGCUUCAACGUUUAAUUCUCGUUCGGUGAAGGGGUUAAUGCCAUCGUCUGUAGCGAAGCGCCUCGGCACUGACAGUGCCAUGCGCGAUGGUGCUGCAUAUAUCCCUGAGAGUGAGCCGGAGCCCAAGAAGCCAGUGAGUCUGAAGGGGAUGAUCAAGACACUACCUGUGUUUGCCCAUCGAGAGGAGAUUCUGGAGAAUGUGGCAGCUAAUCAACUGACGAUUAUCCAAGGUGAGACUGGCUGUGGCAAAAGUACGUCUGUGCCUCAGUUCUUGUACGACUCGUGGGCUCGUGAUAAAGCUGCAUUCGAGCGUCCAGUCAACAUCUACGUGACACAGCCAAGACGAAUCGCUGCAAUCGAACUGGCCAACACUGUGGCUAGAAUGCGAGAAGGAAAUGAGUUUAAGGAGGAUGGCCAAGUAGGAAAAGCCAUUGGCUAUCGGAUUGGCCAGAAGCACUUGACUUCCAGCAAGACGAAGAUCACAUACGUCACGACAGGUUACAUGGUUGAACGGAUUAUUCACGAUCCAGAGGCGCUGAUGAAGAUUACACACCUUGUUCUGGACGAAGUGCACGAGCGCAGUAUGGAUGUGGAUCUGCUGCUGCUGCUGCUGAAACUCCAGUUGAAAAAGCAACCUCACCUCCGUCUCGUGAUCAUGUCGGCAACCAUGGAUGCUCAGGUUCUUAUCAAGUACCUCGGCAAGGCGUUGUCGACACGAUUAGUCAACAGGAAACAUUUAUUUGUCGGCUCUAAGCUGUACCCGGUGAAGAACGUUUACCUCGAUGAGCUGUCUGAUUGGUUCCCAGGCUUGUUGCGACGCUGUCAGAAGGAGAUGGUGCUCAUGAGAGACCAGUUUCGCCUCCUUUCGCAAAGCCGCCAGAGCGCCAACAGCCAAGUGGCGAAGAAGGCGAUCGCGAAAAUCCAUGAAAAGCAUUUGAUUGUCGUUGUUGAAAUGGUGCGUUUGCUGAUUGAGGGCCAGCGUCAUCAAGCUGGAUCGCAGUCGCAGUGCAUUCUCGUCUUCCUCCCUGGUAUUGGGAGUAUCAACACACUGUACGAUUCGCUGAGUCUUGUCGCUAUGAGUGCACGUGGUCAAAAUGUACAGGUUAUGGUGCUGCACUCUGGUAUCGAGCUGGAGCAUCAGCAGGAGGCGUUCAAGCUUCUCGGCGGGAGAUCCACGAAGAUCAUUCUGUCCACGAACAUCGCUGAGAGUAGCGUGACCAUCCCGGAUGUGACGCAUGUGAUAAACUGCGCCAUUGAGAAGCAGAUCGAGAUGCCCAACGCUGGAAGCUCACACGCUGAAGUUCUAGUGGACACGUGGUGCUCGCGUGCCUCGGCGCUGCAGCGUUCUGGGCGUGCUGGGCGAGUCAUGCCUGGCACAGCAUUCCACUUGUUUACCGCAGCUUUCCGCGACUUGUGUAUGGCCGAAUACAACACCCCGGAACUGUUGCGCAAACCUCUGGACCGCAUCAUCCUGCAACUCAAGGGACAGCUGAACGAGUUUGGAGUGCCGAGUGCUCUUCUCCGUCAAGCUUUGGACGCUCCAGACCUCUCGCAUGUCGACGGAGCCUACAAGUUGCUGGCUGCUUUUGAUGCGAUUGACUCUGAAGAUGAAGGCGAUUCUCGCUUGACGAAGUUCGGGUCUUUUGUCUGCCACUUGCCUCUCAGCCUUCAGCUGUGCCGACUGUUGAUGACAGGCGCUUACACUGUUCAGGACAACACAAGCAAGGGUGAAUCGUGGCCACUGUUGCUGAACACUGUCAUCCUAGUGGCGAUUCUUGCAGUGCCCGAUCUGUUUGUGAUGCCGUCUUUCUACCACGCCCAGUCAGCGCAGAGUUAUCUGAAAGAAAUGAAGAAAAACCUCCAAGCAAAGCUCAAACUCGAUGGAGGAAUGUGGAGCGAACCGUUGUCCAUAUGGCUCUUCUACAUGGAAACGAUGAGCGAGCAGCGAGUCAACGUCAAGCGCAUCUUGAGUGGCGUAUUCCACAAGCUGUCCAUCUCGGCUCGCCGAUACCAGACGCUGAAUUCCCUGAUUUCCGAUCUCUGCGCGCGGUUAAUUUCGCUCUCAAAGAGCAAGACUGAAGGAUUCGAGCAGCUCCUGGACGCGAAAGCGGUCGUCAUGUUGACCAAGCUGGAUGCGUAUGCGAGCUCGCAGCGGGUGGACAAGAAGCUGCUGGAAUUCGCGCGAGAUGUCGUCGAUGACAAGCGCGAUGGAGCGCGUAUUCUGCGUUUCCUGAUCAUCCAGAACUUCGGCGAGCAUUUGAUCGGAAGCACUCGGGACAAGCCGUCCAAGUUUGCGGACGAUGACCUCGAUGGCACUGAUCGAGUCGACUUGAAGGUGAGCAGAGAAGAAGCUGCCGAGUUCAAGUCUUUGCCAAACCGAGGCAAAGCCACUCUGUUCAACCAAUUGGCCAAGAGCGCCAACCCGAUGGACGAACUUGCUGCUCUGGCGUACGAUGGGAAUACUGUGUCGAUCUACUCGUACACUACACCGAGAAACCAGAACGAGGGGGGCGAAGACGACGAGAACUGCUUCAGUGAAGUGACUAGGGACACAGUGGAGAGAAUGAGUUUCCCCGUCUCGCUUGUUUACUACAUUUCCGGCGAGAAGUUCCCUGUGAACCUGGGUAUGCGGCCGACGCCAGAGGAACGAGAGCUGGCGUUCAAGUUUCGUGUAGGAGGCAGUAACUCGUGUGGCCUGACGUGGCAGCAGCAGAGGAAUAAUGUCAAGGCGUCGACCGGUAGUCGCAGUCUGUUCUCACUUCCUGUCCGACCGCUGAAAACCAAGACGAAGAAAGGAACCAAAGAGGCCAAACUGCUAGCUGUGUACGCUGAUCGUCUGUUCACUGGUGACGAGACGAGAAUGUGGUGCACGAACUGCACGUUGCUACCCCCGACUAGUCUGUGCUACUACCCGAUCAUGUUACUCGUUACUGCUCCACGUUAUGCGAAUAUUCAGCUGCACAUGGAUGCUGAAGCUGGCGAGAUUUUGCUGGUCAAAGUGGGGGCACAAGACGCAACGUUCCCUCUCAAAAUGGCGCUGAAGGUUGAAGUGCUGGCAACGAUUAAUGCAGUGCGCUCGGCGUUGUCGGACGCAUUAAAUGCGACGGUGGGAGCUCGGAGAGUCUGCGUGACCGACUUGUUGGCAUUGUCGGACGACUCGGUUUUCAUGAAGGAGAGCAAGGUCAACGCGAAGCGAUGCAAAUGGCAGCGCAUGGCAAUGAAUGGACCGGGCAAGGCGAUGCUGAAGGGAGGAGAGACGCCAGCGCGCUUCCCGGAGCUCUUUAUGGCUUAGGUAUGUGUUGUGGCGGUGGAAUUUUUUAACUGCUUGGUAUGGAGGUGAUCAUGGAGGGUCGUCUAAUCAAUUUAUCGUGACGGUAAUUCUUGCAA